AUGUGCCACGCUUCCAUCAGCAUCACUUCGUUGCCAACAACCACCAACUCAACAUCACCCACUCCCACCAGAUCCAGUAUCGCCAGCACGAGCAAGUGCUCGCUCCUUCCUCCUAUCAAUCCAAAGAUCCACCAAGCAACAAUGAGCGGUCCCUACCAGGGGCUACUGAUGGGGAGCUUCAAUGCACCAGCGAAGAUUUGGAGCCGAAAGCCAUCCCCCCCUCGCAUCAGCAUCAUCACCAACUUCUGGUCCGGGCCGCUCGAGAUGGUUCACGACAACUAUUCCGAGCGACUCGCCCUAUCGCCAGAAGACAGGGUGCACAUGUUCGCGGCCAAGAACUCGCAAGACGAGCUGGCCCUGUCGCCAGUGCGAGGAGAGGACCAGAAAAUACGCCGCAGGCAAGGAUCUCGGUACAAGAAGCAAGACGAUCCGCUUCGAGUGACGCGGGACAGCAGAGUCAGGAAGAGCGGCACGACCGCACCACCAUCUCGUACGGCGAAGAAGUUAUACCCAAUCGCACCACCACCUGCCACGCAGACAAGCCCACCGCCCCCAAUCCCUCUUCCAGCGAAGAAGAACGAGCCAGCCAGCGCUCAAGAGCGAGCCACGAAACUCAAGGCAAGAUUCCACCGCCGCAGCGAGAGAGCACGUCGAGGACGCUCACUCAGUAGCAGCAGCAGCUCUUCCUCAACCUCGGAAAUCAUCGAGGUUCCUCCAUCGACAGGAUCGAAGACUGCUACAACAGUCCCGCCGCUUCAAGUGAAGCAGAAGAAUGAUGAUGAGAAGUGGAGAGAGACCAGCACGGCGAAGGCGUCCAAGAUGGAGGAGCAGGCCGACCAACUCAGGGAGAAAGCGAGGAUUGCUCGACAGGCGCUCGAGCUCAUGCAAGACUGCGGUGACUCAAGCGAGCAGCUCUCCUCGGGCGGAGAAGAUGGCGCUGCGACCCGCUCGAAACCCAAGAACCAGAACCAGACUGCGCCGGCGCAACCGGUACGACGAUCUCAGCGCGCUCGGCAUCCUGUCAAUUACGCCGAGUAA